AUGCCAUCCUCUGGAAGAUUAGCCGCUGUGAAGCUGGUCCGUCUAUAUGGCUACGUGUCCUGCAAGACAUCAGUGGGUGUUGACAAUUGGACUUACUGGGGCUGUGGUUAUUCUCAGGUGCAACAUAAGGUUAACGUAGUCAUAACAACGUCAACCAACCGCAUUCUUUUCCCGCCAAACCAGUUAUUAUCAAGCACGCACGGAGGUGAAGGCAAAUGGCACCAUAUAAUAGGGUACAAUUCAUGGUCCCAGAGCUUGUCUUGUCAGUUUUCUCUCAUCCUCACUGGAUCUCUUACCUUCAGCAGUUACGUGUGUGGUAUGGCGAAGACUUGA